AUGAGCCUUACUCGCAAAGAGCAAGCACGAAAAGGAACGCGCGAUCAAUCCAAAGUCAGCAGGAGGCCGGGCCACGAACGGUCCUUGACUCAAAUCAAGUUCAACACGGAAGGCGACCUGUUAUUCACUUGCUCAAAAGACAACGUCAUCAACGUCUGGUUCUCUCACAAUGGUGAACGACUCGGGACGUACGAAGGGAACAACGGGACGGUGUGGACUGUCGAUGUCGAUUCAGAAUCACGAUUCAUGGUAUCUGGCGCUGCGGAUAAUACUCUGCGGCUGUGGGACGUCGCUACGGGAAAGUGCCUCUACACGUGGGAGUUCCCGACGGCUGUGAAGCGGGUGGCGUUCAAGGAGGACGAUUCGCAGAUCGUGUGCAUCACUGAGCAGCGGAUGGGGCACCAGUGCGCUAUCCGGGUGUUUGACAUCGACCGGGAGGGGGAUGGGACGAAACAAUCGAAGGAUCCCCGGUAUAUAUUCAACCCCGUCGGAUCGAAAGCGACGGUGUGCGCGUUCACGCUGGUGCCUAAUGUCAUUAUUACCGGGCACGAGUCCGGGAAGGUCGCGCUGUUCAAUGUGGAGACGGGCGAGGAGAUCGAGAACAACGAGCGGGCGCAUGGCGAGGUCGUCACGGACUUGCAGCUGAGCAGGGACCGGACGUAUUGUAUCACGAGCAGCAAAGACAAGUCUGCGCGGAUACACGACCCGAAAACUCUAAUGGUUAUCAAAACGUUCACGACGGAGACGCCGCUGAACAGUGCCGCUCUUGCGCCUAACAAACCAUACGUCCUCCUCGGGGGUGGCCAGGAAGCCAUGAGUGUCACCACCACCUCCUUGCGUCAGGGUAAAUUCGAAACACGGUUUUGGCAUAAAGUAUUCGAAGAAGAGGUCGGCCGAGUAAAAGGGCAUUUCGGGCCCAUCAAUACCAUCGCCAUACACCCCGCUGGAACGGGAUACGCCUCUGGUGGAGAGGACGGGUUCGUGCGGGUGCACCACUUUGACGAGUCGUAUUUCAAGGCGGAGCCCUACGGGCCUAUGCAGAUCGAGGAUUGAUCACCCUCGCGGUUUGGAACUUUGGGCAAUUGUACCAUGUACAACUUGAGCAACUUCCCCCCCCCGUUCCUAUCUAGUUAGUAACUGCUGCACUGCAUUACAACCUUAUCCCGCGUCGUAAGAUGAAAGGGUAUGAAUAUUAGAUCUCUCUCCCUGAGAAAUAACUAGGUGGCUGGUAAACAUAAGGUGCAGUGGUGUGUGGUUAUAACAGCGUCCAUAUCUUUCGCAGUGCGAUAUCCAAUUGUCUAUAUCUGUGCCGUGAGUAUGAGGGGGUAAGGGAGGGGCGGAGUGAGUGGUCAUAAAGAUACGU